AUGCGUUUUCCCCCCCUCGCGGCGCUCGCCCGCUCUCCCUCGCUCUGUCUUUUUGGGCGCCAUGCUGAGGGGAAGAUGUCAGAUGUGAAGCAGCCCGUGCCUUGGUCCAGGCCAGUGUGGGGUGUUGAGUCUGGGUACAGACCUCAGGGGAUCUUGGGCAAAGAUCCCUUGCUGCUGCUGUCUGGUGAGAGGGUGUGGGGUGGCAAGCCGGCUGCCCACGGGGUUCCCAUUGGGGCACGCCUCAGCCUCCAGCCCUUUUCUGGGGACGAUGAGGGACGGGGUCUUAAGGCCUUUCUGGGUGUGCCCUUGCUCUGCCUCUUCCUCUCCUUGACUAUCAUGGGCCAGACCAAAGCAGCUCCCCUGAGGCUCCCGCUCACAGUGGUUCUGGGAUUGGUUUGUAGGGAGGAUGGUGAGCUGGAAGAAGGUGAACUUGAAGAUGAUGGGGCUGAGGAGACCCAGGACACCUCCGGAGGACCGGAGCGGAGCCGCAAGGACAAGGGGGAGAAGUACCACAGUGACUCGGAUGAGGAGAAGGUGCACCGGAGGCUGAAGCGGAAGCGGAAGAAAGAGCGGGAGAAGGAGAAGAGGCGAUCAAAGAAGAGGAGGAAAUCCAAGCACAAGCGUCACGCCUCCUCUAGCGAUGACUUCUCCGACUUCUCCGAUGACUCGGACUUCAGCCCCAGUGAGAAGGGGCACCGCAAAUACCGGGAGUACAGCCCCCCGUACCCACCGUCCCACCAGCAGUACCCCUCUUCGCACCCCACAUCUCUGCCCAAGAAGUCCUACUCCAAGAUGGACAGCAAGGGCUACAACAUGUACGAGGACUACGAGAACGAGCAGUAUGGGGAGUACGAGGGGGAGGAGGAGGAGGACCUGGCCAAGGAUGACUACGACGACUUCACCAAAGAGCUGAACCAGUACCGGCGUGCCAAGGAGGGCAGCGGCCGAGGCCGAGGCAGCCGGGGCCGGGGCCGCGGCUACAGGGGCCGAGGCAGCCGCGGAGGGUCUCGAGGCCGAGGCAUGGGCCGGGGUGGCCGAGGCAGGGGCCGGGGCUCCGUGGGUGGAGAUCACCCAGAAGAUGAGGAGGACUUCUAUGACGAGGAGAUGGAGUAUGGAGAAAGCGAGGAGCCCAUGGCAGAUGACGAUUACGAUGAGUACUCCAAGGAGCUGAACCAGUACCGCCGUUCCAAGGAUGGCCGAGGGCGAGGUUUAAGUCGAGGCCGAGGCCGGGGCUCACGAGGCCGAGGGAAAGGCAUGGGCCGAGGCCGUGGGCGCGGAGGGAGCCGUGGAGGGAUGAACAAGGGUGCCAUGAACGACGAUGAGGACUUCUAUGACGAGGACAUGGGCGAUGGCUGUGGAGGGAACUAUCGGAGGAGUGACCACGACAAGCCCCACCAGCAGUCAGACAAGAAGGGCAAAGUCAUCUGCAAGUACUUCGUGGAAGGGCGGUGCACGUGGGGAGACCACUGUAACUUCAGCCACGACAUUGAGCUCCCAAAGAAGCGAGAGCUGUGCAAGUUCUACAUCACGGGCUUCUGCGCCCGCGCCGAGAACUGUCCCUACAUGCAUGGCGAUUUCCCUUGUAAGUUGUACCACACAACCGGGAACUGCAUCAAUGAGGACGAUUGCAUGUUCUCCCACGACCCGCUGACGGAGGAGACCAGGGAACUCCUGGAUAAGAUGCUGGCAGACGACGCGGAAGCAGGUGCCGAGGACGAGAAGGAAGUUGAGGAAUUGAAGAAGCAAGGCAUCAACCCCUUGCCCAAGCCACCACCUGGCGUGGGCCUCCUGCCCACGCCACCUCGCCCACCUGGACCUCCAGCCCCGACCUCUCCCAAUGGCAGGCCCAUGCAGGGUGGUCCCCCUCCCCCCCCUCCACCCCCACCCCCACCGCCUGGGCCCCCGCCGAUGCCUGUGCAUGAGCCCCUGUCCCCGCAGCAGCAGCAGCUGCAGCAAAACAUGUACAAUAAGAAGAUCCCUUCCUUGUUCGAGAUCGAGGUCCGGCCCACAGGCCAGCUGGCUGAGAAGCUGGGCGUGAGGUUCCCUGGACCCGGUGGGCCCCCAGGGCCCAUGGGACCUGGGCCCAACAUGGGACCCCCAGGACCAAUGGGGGGACCCAUGCACCCCGACAUGCAUCCUGAUAUGCACCCAGACAUGCACCCUGACAUGCACCCUGACAUGCAUCCAGACAUGCCGAUGGGUCCUGGCAUGAACCCUGGACCCCCUAUGGGGCCUGGCGGUGGCCCCCCCAUGAUGCCCUACGGCCCUGGAGACUCCCCACACUCGGGGAUGAUGCCUCCCAUCCCGCCAGCACAGAACUUCUAUGAGAACUUCUACCAGCAGCAGGAGGGCCUGGAGAUGGAGCCCGGACUCAUCGGGAGUGCAGAGGACUACGGACCCUGCGAGGAGCAGGUGGGGGGACCUGGGGAGCAUUUCUUCCCUGAGCUGCCCAUGGAGUCUGACAGCUUCUCUGAGGGCGGGCCUCCUGGCCGGCCAAAGCCAGGCGCUGCAGUUCCCGACUUCCUGCCCUCCACCCAGCGGGCUCUGUACUUGCGGAUCCAGCAGAAGCAGCAAGAGGAGGAGGAACGAGCGAGACGGCUGGCUGAGAGCAGCAAGCAAGACCGGGAGAAUGAGGAAGGUGACACGGGGAACUGGUACUCUAGUGAUGACGAUGAAGGUGGAAGCAGCGUUUCCUCCAUCCUCAGGACCCUGCGGCAGCAGACAUCUAGCCGGCCCCAGGCCUCGGCCGGGGAACUGAGUGGCGGUGUGUUGGGAGACCCCCGCCUCCAGAAGGGACAUACCACAGGCAGCCGGCUGGCAGACCCCCGUCUCAGCCGGGACCCUAGACUUAGCCGCCAUGCUGAGGCGUCCAGCGGGUCAGGGCCUGGAGAUGCAGGACCCUCCGACCCCCGGCUGGCUCGCUCACUGCCUGCCCCCAAACCCGAUGGUGGUCUCCACACGAGUCCUGCUGGCCCCGGCAGCACCAAGGGGGCCGUACCGCCUCCUGCUGAGGAGGAAGAAGGGGAGCGGGCCCUGAGGGAGAAGGCUGUGAACAUCCCCCUGGAUCCCCUGCCUGGGCACCCGCUGCGGGACCCACGCUCGCAGCUGCAGCAGUUCAGCCACAUCAAGAAGGACGUGACCCUGAGCCGGCCCAGCUUCGCUCGUACUGUACUAUGGAACCCCGAGGACCUGAUCCCCCUGCCCAUCCCCAAACAGGAUACAGUGCCGCCUGUGCCUGCUGCCCUGCAGGCCCUGCCAGCCCUGGACCCCCGACUACACCGCCCUUCCACUGCGGCACCCACCAACCCCCGGCAGCGCCCCGGUGCCCCUACAGAGCCCGCUGCAUCCGGAUCCAGCCUGCCCGACUUUGAGCUCCUCUCUCGCAUCCUCAAGACUGUCAACGCCACUGGCUCCUCGACAGCCCCCAGUGCAGGAGACAAGCCUAGUGACCCCCGAGUGCGCAAAGCCCCCACCGACCCGCGACUGCAGAAGCCAGCUGAGCCUGCAGCUGUCUCCCGGGCAGCCAAGCCUGGUCCUGCUGAGGUGUCCUCACAGGGUGGCAGCCCCAGCGGUGAGUCGUCGCCCCCUGCCAUCGCCCCCUAUGACCCGAGGGUGCUGGCGGCCGGUGGACUGGGCCAGGGUGGCGUCAGUGGGCAGAGCAAUGUGCUGAGUGGCAUCAGCCUCUACGACCCGAGGACUCCGCACGUGGCGGGUAAGGUCGUCACAGAGCCUGCCGCCGAUGGGGGCGCCCAGCCCAAGGCCACCGAGGGCAAUGGUAAGGGUGCUGCCACCAAAGCCAAGGAGCCCCCUUUCGUCCGCAAAUCUGCCCUGGAGCAGCCUGAAGCGGGCAAGGCCAGCACCGAUGGGGGCACAGCUACAGACAGGUACAACAGCUACAACAGGCCUCGGCCCAAGGCCGCCACGACCCCCGCUGCCACUGCCGCACUGACCCCACCUCAGGAGGGCACCCCGCCGCAGCCUGGGGUACACAACCUGCCUGUACCCACUCUCUUUGGGACUGUGAAGCAGGCACCCAAGACAGGCUCCGGAAGCCCAUUUGCUGGCAACAGCCCAGCCCGCGAGGGUGAGCAGGACGCAGGGUCCCUCAAGGAUGUUUUUAAAGGCUUUGACCCCACUGCCUCCCCCUUCUGCCAGUAG